AUGGCGAAGGGCAAAAGCGCCAAUCCAGCCGAUGCCUUCCGCAAAGCACAACGGAAGAAGGAGCUGAAGAAGAACAAGGCAGGACGUGCCAAAGCUCGCGAUUUUUCCCUUGUCAAAAAGGACACCAGAGAUAUCGAGAAUGAAAUACAAACAUUAUCCUCGAACCCUGCGCUUUCUGCAGCCGAGAAGCAGAGGCUGAAGGAUCUUCAGGCCGAACUGGAGAAGGUCAACCAGAAGAAAGAAGAGUAUGUCGCUGAACAUCCAGAGCAUCGCAAGCUCGUGUUUCGCGCCCGCAAGCCCAAGACGGAUCAAGAAGGUGAUGGCGAUGGCGAGAAGGAGCUUCCAGUGGACAGGACGAGGAAGCUGUUCGACAAGAAUGGCCUACCUAUCCAUCCCGAGCGUAGUAUUUACUAUGACCCUGUCAUGAAUCCAUUCGGUGUUCCUCCUCCCGGAAUGCCAUAUAUCGAACGACCGUUGAGGCCGGACGAGAUGGAGCAACCUCAGGAAGAGGAGGAAGGUUCCGACGACGAUAUUGCAAUGCCAGAUGGUCCGCCUCCAGGAGAAAAUCUCAAGCAAGAAGAGGAAGAAGAUAGUGACGACGACAUUCCGAUGCCAGAAGGCCCACCUCCGCCGAAACCUGGUGAUCUUAUUCCACCACCACCCUUACAUCUCCCUCAACCACCGUUUCCUCCACCGCCUGGUCUAUCAUCGCCGUCAGGGCACCCUUUCCUACCACCUUUCCCUCCAACGAUGCCUCCAUCCCCUUUCCCUCCAAACUCGAUGCCACCAUCUUCCGGCCUGCCUCCUUUACCAGCAGGGUUCCCUGUUCCGCCACCGCCACCAGGUUUUGCGCCAUCAAGCUCCGCAAUUUCACCUCCACCGCCCGGACUUCCUCCCCUUCCUGCUGGUUUCCCUCCACCUCCAACCCAUGGAUUUCCUCCUCCCCCUCCUCCUCCCCCAGUUAAUAUGCUUCCUCCAGGUUCUCUCCCUCCCCCUCCUUUUGGCCACCCGCCGUUCCCUCCAGGUCCUCCGGCGGGAUUUUCUCCGUCCUUCCCCGCGCCUCCCCCAGGAUUCUUCCCUCGGCGCCACCAAUCGAACACAGGAGCCAUGCAGGAUCCUCUCUCCUCGGUCCCGCAUCAGACUUUCCAAGCUCACAGAGCUGCUCGCAAUGCGCCUCCACUCCCACUGCCUGCACACAUGCAGCCGGACCGCCCAAGCCACUCACAAUCUGGUGGUGCAACGAUCUCCGCGGAACCUCAGCUCCGCGAUCUGAAGAAGGAAAGCACUGCGUUCGUUCCUACCUCCGUCAAACGUAAAAAAGGUCAAGCCGCCGGUGCUGCUGCUGCUGGUACUGGUAGUGCUACCUCCGCCGUAGGGAAGAUUAAUGCUGCGCCGAGCACUGGUGACGAUGACGACGGGAAUGCACCCACGGGGGCGAAGAGACCGGAUCUCAUGAGUACAUUGAGAGAACAGCUGAAACUGUCACCUGUGGUUGGAGGGGAGAGCACGAAGCCUGCCGAUGCGAAACCGAAGGGUGACUAUGAGAAAUUUGUGGAGGAGAUGGGCGAUAUUUUGGGUUAAGGUACAGAGUGAACCAGUCGAUGGGCCGUCUACGUUAUCAGGCGUACGCAAUUUUCUGACGUUGGUGGUCGUCGUCGUUCCGCUACAUUCAGUACUGCAUUGUCGCAUGUAACCUCACUGCUAUACGUGUGGUAGCGCCGUAUUUACUCCUUUC